CCUGUAUUAUGAUUGAUGUUUAUUAAUAUGGCCUGAUAGUGGCGACUUAGAAUUUCUUUAGCGGAGUUGGGAUAGAUGAAAGUUCAUUUUAUCCAAGACAUCGUGUACUCGUACAACAGCACCGUGGUAGUACAACCCGAAGCGCGCAUAAUCUAACUUGUCCAUCGUGGCGCCCUUUGUUUGUUGCACCCAUGGUUAUGAUUGUUUUUUAAUUAAGACCAGUGAUAAUAAUAGCUACUACGUAUUGUACAAUGCAAAGGUGAAUCGAAAAUAGAAAGGGAAAAGGAAAAUGUGCCGUUUGUUGUUGUCUGUGUUCAUCAUCACGUUUCCUUCCCCAGUCGUUGGCAUUAAUUUGUUUCUUGCAGCAUUGCUUCUGCUGCCUUACCGGCAGUGCGCUCUCAUGCACGCACUUCCUCUCUCGGUCUUUGUUUCCAUCUCUGGCUCUUCCUCAUUCCCCGUCUCCUCCCGUCCCUGUUCCCGCGUCCGUCUGUUUCGCUCACUUCCAAUUGCACUUGCACUGGCCUCUCCACUUUCUAGGCCGGUCCCGAUCUUCUCCUCGUGUUCGCUCCGCAAAGCUGAACAUGUUUCAACUCAAUUUUUUUUUCCGACUCGUCAAUGGCAAGCCUCUUUCUUUGUCCGGUGCCCAUCUCCGCGGUCCUCCCCACCUCGGGAACAGCAAAAGGCCCCUUUUGUAAUCAACCAACAUAGUAGCUCCACCAAAACCAACGCCGGGUGAAAAAGUAGCGCCACUGCUAUGCCCAAGUUGAUCGUAGCAAUCCCCCAUCUGAGACAACGGGAGCAGUAUCUUCCGAUUUGUUUAGCCGUAUCUCCCUUG